UUUUCAGCUUUUGUUUAUCAUCAUCGUCUCUCUCUCCUCGCUCUCUCAGUCUCUCGACACUAUCAGCUAACUCUUAUAACUCACUCACUCUUCAGCUCUCUCUCUCUCUCUCUCUCACUGAGUCAGUCUCUCUCGCUCGCUCUCUGUUUUGGAUUGGAUCGUGGAAUCUUUUUCUACAAGCACCGAACAACACUGGUUGAAGUUUCUACUUUUUGGCUCAGGUUCGUGGUCAAAGAAGUGGGUUGAGAACUCUUCCACGCAGUGCUGCUAUAACAUUAACUGUUGAUUGGCACCCGACUUUACCCAUUUCCGUUAGUGGAUCAGCUGAUAACUCGCUCCUAAUGUGUACAAAAAUUUGAAUGCUCAGCACACAACGUAUUGCCUGGAGGAUCUGUCACCGACUUUGGGUGACCACAUCAUUUCUCUAUUUUUCUGAAGGUGUGUUUUGCUUGCUACUAAUAUUCACUCAUCGUCUUGUGGAAUGAAUAGCCUCGCCCCUCCUUAGGCUGUUUGUUGGACUCAUUUCGCCUCUGAAGUACUCUGACUACCAAAGUUCUAUCUAUCUUCAUUUUCCUAUUCUCUCUUUUCUCCAUCUUUGCUUUUCUUAUCUCUCGUUGGUACAAUAGUUAUUUGGUUGCUUUUCUACCUGCACAAAAAUCCAACAAACCAAAAAAACAAAAAAAUCCACUGGAACAAAAAUGGCGGAGAAUAUCGUUAUUUCAAUUGCAGCGAAAAUAGCAGAGUACACUGUUGCACCUGUUGGACAGUGGCUAUGCUAUUCAUGUCACUACAACAGCAACAUAGAGAAUUUGAAGAAACAGAAAGAGAAGCUGCAAUAUGCUCGUGAAAGGGUGCAAGAUUCAGUUGAUGCUGCAAAAAGAAAUGGUGAGAAAAUUUAUACUGAUGUUACCAACUGGUUGACAGAUGUAGAUCGUAUUACAGAAUGGGCCACCACAAAACUUCGUGAAAUCGAAGAAGAAGCAGGUACAGGGAGCUUUAAUGCGUCAUGCCUAAACUUGAAACAUCGACAUCAAUUAAGUCGAGAAGCAAAGAAGAUUGUGGAAGCUAUUGCCGAACUUCAUAACAACGGAAACUUUAAAGAAGUUUCGAAGCCUGCUCUUCCUUUAGAAGAAAUGGACUACAACAGAAACAUGGAGAAUCUGAAGAAUCAGAAAGAGAAGCUGCAACAUGCUCGUGAAAGGGUGCAAGAUUCAGUUGAUGCUGCUCUUAUAAAUGGUGAGAAAAUUUAUCCUGAUGUCAGCAAGUGGUUGAAAGAUGUAGAUGGUCUUACAGAAUUGGCCACCAGAAAACUUAGUGAAAUCGAAGAAGAAGCAGGUACGGGGAGCUCUAAUGCGGCAUGCCUAAACUCGGAACAUCGACAUCAAUUAAGUAGGGAAGCAAAGCAGAUGGUGCGUGUUAUUGACGAACUUCUUAAAAAUGGAAACUUCAAUGGAGUUUCCGGUCGUCCCGCUUUGCAAGAAAUGGUGACUCCAAGAAACAUGGAUUACAUGGUCAUGAAUUCGAGAAUGGCAGUGGUGAAAGAUAUUAUGGAGGCAUUGAGAAGUGCUGAUAUCUACACGAUCGGUGUGUGGGGGAUGCCUGGAGUUGGAAAGAGUACUCUGAUGAAAGAAAUAGCUAGACAAGCCAGGGAAGAAGGCAUAUUCAAUAAGGUGGUUGUGGUAGAAGUGACAAACAACCCAGUUAUAAGGCAAAUUCAAGGAGCGAUUGCAUCCACGCUAGGUCUAAAUUUUGAUCAAGAAACUGAUGAACAGAAAGCAAGGCAAAUUCAAAGAGCGAUUGCAUCCACGCUAGGUCUAAAUUUUGAUCAUGAAACUAAUGAACAGAAAGCAAGUCUACUGCAACAGAGGCUAUCAAAGGACAAGAAGAUACUUGUUAUCCUGGAUAAUAUAUGGAAAGAACUUGGUUUACAGGAAAUAGGAAUUACUUCCGAAGGAAUUAAAGUAGUAAUGACAUCCAGAAAUCGUGAUGUAUUAAGUUGUGGAAUGGGCAUCCAAAAAGAAAUUGAACUUAAAACUUUACAGAAUAAGGAUGCUUUGAAGUUAUUUGAGAUGAGGGCGGGUGAAAUUCUCAGAGAUCCUAAGGUGAGUGGCAUAGCAACUAAGAUAGUUGAAAAGUGUGCAGGUCUUCCUAUUGCACUUGUAACAGUUUCAAAGGCAUUAAAAAAUAAGAAUUUAAGUGAAUGGAAGGAUGCCUUGCGCCGAUUAAAAAGACCGGCUCCCGAACACCUCACAGAGAUGUUGAAAACCAUAUAUUCUCCCAUAGAGUGGAGUUAUGAUAGUCUUGAAUCUCAGGAGCUAAAAUCCCUCUUUUUGCUUUGUGCUCAAUUGCCUUACUUCCUGGACUAUCGCGACUUGUUGAAAUACUCUUAUGGUUAUGGUUUAUCUCACGGCAUCUAUACAUUAGAAGAAGCCAGAGCCACACUAGAUACACUACUUCGUAAACUAAAAGACUCUUGUCUACUGCUAGAAAGUUCCAAUGGAUUUUGUAUGCAUGAUCUUGUUCGUGAUGUUGCUACAAUAAUUGCAUCAAAGAAUCAUAAUAUGUUUGUCAUGAGAGAUGAUGGUGGGCAAAAAGCAUGGCAAAAUGUGGAUGCACUAAAUCGAUGUGAGGCGCUCUCUAUUCAUGGUGGAGAUCAUAUCCAUAACCAUCCCAAUAAAAUGGAAUGCCCUAAAUUAAGAUUCUUUUAUGUCCAGUGUGAAAACACUUCCUUCCAAGGGAUGGACAAGGUCGAAGACAUUUUCUUCCAAGGGAUGGAGAAGCUCGAAGUUCUGAGUUUGAGAAGUAUGCGACUUUCAUCACUUUUUCCACUUACAAACCUACAAACAUUGUGUCUAGAUAGAUGUAUGUUGGGAGAUAUUCAUGGGAUUGGAGAACUCAAGACUUUAGUAAUUCUUAGUCUUGCUCAUUCUAACAUUUCAAAUCUGCCAAGAGAAAUAGGGUUGUUGACUCGUUUACGGUUAUUGGAUUUGACCUAUUGUUUCCAACUUAAAGUGAUUCCUCCUAAUGUCUUGUCAAGCUUGGUCAACUUAGAAGAGUUGUAUAUGCAAAAAAUCAAUGUCCAAUGGGAGGUUGAAGGACCCAGCAAUGAAGGAAAAAAUGCUAGCCUUGCAGAGCUAAAGAAAUUGACACACUUGACCUCCUUAGAGAUAGAUAUUCUGGAUGUCAACAAUCUACCGAAAGAUUUGGUUUCUGAAAAGCUUGAGAGAUACAAGAUAAGCAUUGGAGCUAAAUACUACGAUAAUAAUAAGCAUAUCCCUGAGUUGAGGACAUCGGCCUUCGAAAACUUGAAAGUUUUAAAUGUGGAAAAUUGUGAGAAAUUAAGAUUUAUCUUCUCUUUAUCAAUAGCCAAAGGCUUUUCAUUACUUGAAGAAUUGAAGAUAACAGGAUGCAACAACGUCGUGGGGGCAAUAUUUGUGAAAGAAGAAGAAGACGGAAUAGAAGAUCAGGGAGAUAUGAUGUUGUUCGAUCGACUUCAAACCUUAGUACUAAAGAAUCUUCCAAAGCUGGUGGGCUUCCUAAUCACAAAAGAUUCAUUCAUGACUGAUUGUAGAGAAACCAAUUCGGAGGGCAACCAUGAUCUUCAGUUGCCGCUUCUACAUCAUGAUAAGGUUUCCGUUCCUAGCUUGCAAACACUGCGUAUGGAGGGUCUACCCAAAAUAAAGCACGUAUGGAGCUGUGGUCAAGAACCCAAAACAGUUUUCACAUGUCUCGAGCAAUUGCAAGUACUUGAGAUUGAGGAUUGUGGGGUGGAGGAAAUUGUUGCAGUUGAAAAAGGAGGAGGAGAAGCAGUAGCAAUUAGGACUUUGGUGUUCCCUCAAGUAACUAAGUUGAGUUUUAGAACUUUACGAAGACUCAAGUGGUUUUACAAAGGAGUGCAUGUUUCAAAAUGGCCGAAGUUGAAAGAGAUGAAAAUUGAAAGAUGCAAGAAAGUUGAGAUUUUUGCUUCAGAAAUUGUGAGUUUUGGAAAAACAGGUGAAGAUCAGAGGCAGUCUGAGAUGUUCAUUAAACAACCCCUUUUCUCAGUGGAUGAGCACUCAUUCCCCAGCUUGGAGACACUUCGCAUUUUCGAAAUGGAUUCGUUAGAAAUUAUAUUUGGAAAGCUGGAGGGGCAAAAUGGUAAAGAAGCACAAGUUUUAAUAUCCCCAGCAUCAGGGACAGAAGAAAGUGGAGCAACCACACACUCUGCGUCGACCCUCUCGUUUCCGAGCUUGAAGAAGUUGCACAUUCGGUGGAUGCGUAAGUUGGAAAUUAUAUGGCAGGAUCAAGUCACCGCGACUUCUUUUCCCAAUAUUCAAGAAUUGGACAUUCAUAAUUGUGACAAGUUGUUGCACGUCUUUCAAUCUAAGUUGCAUACAACGACAACAUUGAUAGAAAGUCUGACUAUUCUAAAUAUAAGCUACUGCAGUUCAUUAGAAACUGUAUUUGGAAAUAUGGAGGGGCAAAAUGGUAAAGAACUACAAGUUUUAAUAGCUCCCAGUUCAGGUACAGAAGACGGAAUAGCCGGAUAUAUUGAGUUCCCCAUACUAACUCAAUUGUCACUAUUUGAAUUGCCAAAACUCAAGUGGAUUUUUGAAGGAGUGCAUACUAAUUUGGAAUCAUGGCCUUCAUUGAAAAAAUUAUCCCUGGUGGAAUGUGGUGAACAAGUGAACAAAAUGAUUUGGGCUUCAAAAUUUGCAAGCAGCAGUAGUAGUCAAGAGAACCAACUCCCGACUUGCAUUCAACAACCCAUGUUCGUCGUUGAGGAGGGUACGUUCCCCAACUUGGAGUAUUUGUCAUUUUGCUUCCGUGAAAGAACUAAAUGUCCCAGCAGAUUUUCAGAUUUUCCCGAUCCAUCUUCUCUUCUAACAGGACUGCCAAAUCUGUUGAAUCUUAACGUAUACGAUAGUGUCUGGGAGGAAAUAUUCCCUUAUGAACUUGUUGAUCGAGAAAUACGAUUAAGAAUACUAAGGCUCUGUCGUCUAUGUAUGCUUACACAUUUGUGGAAAGAAGACAAUACCCAGCCAUGCCCACUUUUUCAUAAUCUGGAAUACCUUCAUGUGUUACGAUGCGGCAAAUUGAGAAACAUAGUGCCAUCAUCUGUAUCUCUUCGCAAUUUGACAAGAUUGGAAAUAUCAGAUUGUCACGGAUUGAUCAAUUUAUUAACAUCCUCAACUGCCAAAACUUUGGUGCAACUCGAAAGAAUGACUGUGAUUGAUUGCAAAAGGAUUACAGAAAUUGUAGCAAUGGAGGAUGGUGAAGCAAAUGUGGCAAUUACUUUCAACAAGUUAAGAUGCUUAGAACUUCGUGGCUUACCAAACCUCACACACUUUUGCUCUGGACAUUAUUCCUUUGGGUUCCCAUCUUUGGAUGAAGUAAUUGUGAGAUGUUGUCCUGAGAUGAAGACUUUCAGUCACGGAGUCUUAAGUACACCAAAGCUGAAAGGAGUAUCUGAUGAUUACAGUUGGUUUUCGAAACGGAAUUUGUAUUGGGAGGAUGACCUGAAUACCACCACACGUUGUCUUUGGGAGGAGUCAAAUCAAUAUGAUACUCGAUUGUUAUUCAGAGAAAGGGUUGAGAAUUCUGAAGAAGAUGAAGAUCAUCCUUCAGAAGAUGAAGAUCAUUCUGAGACUACUGAAGAAUGGUGAUGUUUCUUUCUUUUGAUGAAGUUAGUGCGAGCAGAGGACCCUUCAUUCCCAUUAAUGUUUAAUUAUGGUUUGCUUGUUUUAUUAUGUCUUCUUUAUUUUUAAAUCUCUCUUAUAUGUAAGAGAGAAUGCCAAAUAAAAAAAGUUUGACAAUGUAUUGAUUUGAUAUAACUCCUCAUGAAGUACUGUAGUUAACAACUCCGAUGUUGCCAACAAAUAAACUUGAACUAUAAUCUUAAUUUGACCAUUUGAUCUC